UCAGAGCUGCUGGCGGGCAUGGACACCCUAGUUCUCCAGGACCACCUGGCCGAGCAGCUGCUGUCCCCUCGGACCCAGGCCCAGAGGAGGCUGCCCAAACUGAAGGACCAUGACAAGCAGUACGUGGGCUUUGCCACGCUUCCCAACCAGGUUCACCGCAAGUCUGUAAAGAAGGGAUUCGAUUUCACGCUCAUGGUUGCCGGGGAGUCGGGCCUGGGCAAGUCAACCCUGGUGAACAGCCUGUUCCUGACAGACCUCUACAAGGACCGGAAGCUUCUCAAUGCCGAGGAGAGAAUCAAUCAGACAGUCGAGAUACUGAAGCACACUGUGGACAUCGAGGAGAAGGGCGUGAAGCUAAAACUGACCAUUGUGGACACACCAGGCUUUGGGGACGCUGUUAACAACACCCAAUGCUGGAAGCCCAUCACGGACUACGUGGACCAGCAGUUUGAGCAAUACUUCCGAGACGAGAGCGGCCUCAACCGCAAGAACAUCAAGGACAACCGAGUCCACUGCUGCCUCUACUUCAUCUCUCCCUUCGGGCACGGGACUGCCCUGCUAGCCCCAGCCUACCUCCAUGCCCACAGGGUCCAAGGCUGUGGACAGUGUGGGGCCGGUGCCCAUCUCCCUGGGGGGAAG